AAAUUACACGAAUGGUCCCUAUGAUUUAGGGUGAUUUGCGCAUUUGAUCCCUAACUUAUUUUUCUAACUCGGAUCGUCUCUACUGUUUGUUUUUGUUUCCCGGUUGAUCCCUAUCUAACCUAAAAGGCUAUUAUGUCCUCGUUAAUUUUUUUAAUAAAAUUUAUUAUGUUUUAUUUAUUUAUAUUAUUAAAUAAACAAAACCUAACGUUAUCCCACCCACAACCCUCCUCUUUUACCUUUUUCAUCUCCUUCUCGUUUUCCACUUCAUGUAUCUCUGUAUCUCUUCCCCUUGCAAAUCCAGAUUCUUGUUCUUUCCAAUGGCCGACGACCAUCUGUUAUCACCACUCCUCUGUCGUCGUUGCUACAACCUAAAAAAAGGACACCGGCCGCCGCUACUACAGACCAGAAAAGAGACCCUAGCGAUCUUUCAUAUCCUUUCCACUAGAUCAUCAACGACAUGCAGGUCCAUCUUUGUCGACGCUCCCACUGCUGCCCAAUGCUCGACAUCUUCACCCCUCAACCUCUGUUCCAAAUUCAGACCAUCCCUUUCUCUCUCAAAUAACGUCGAUACCAAAACCCCAAAAAAACAAUCUGAAAAAUCAAACUGCACAAUCACCAAUUCAAGGAUUUGUCAUCUAAAAUCAGAGAUUCAAGGGGAGAUUGGGAUAAGAGUUGUAGAUCCAAGAGAUCGGGACUGAGUUGCACAUCCAUGAAAUCGGGUUAGAUUUCAUGGAAAUUUCAUAUAUUGGGAAUGGAUUUGAUUAAGGUUUUUUAUUACAUUUAUCAAGAAGAAAACCAAAAUUUCUGAUUUCGUUGAUGAUGGUUUCACGAGCUUCAUCAGAUUUGAUUACAGAGGUUUAAAAUUUGGUUGUAUCUUUGAUUAAAUUGUAUUUGAUUGUAUUUGGUGGCGGUUUACCCGAAGAUGACGUAGUUGUCGAAUGGAAAUUAUCGAGCAAAAAGUAAUUACAUGGAAGAAGCACGUGAGGGGUGAUUUUGGUAAAGGAAUUGUUGGGCUUAGAAGAU